AUGGAGAAUUAUAAUAAUGAGGAAAUCCCAUCAGCACCAUCAACACGAGCCACACGAGGGACUCCAGGUGCACCUCUCUUCGGAGGUUUCAGAUCCAUCAACAAUAAUGGUGGGGUAUCAGCAGAGUUCCUCGGCACAUUUAUGCUGAUGUUCGCCGGAACAGCGGCGGCCAUAACCAACGAAAAGACCAAUGGAUUGGAAAGUCUAUUGGGCUGCGCUGUCGUCACCGGCCUUGCGGUGACGGUGAUCAUCCUGUGCACCGGACACAUAUCCGGUGCUCAUCUGAACCCCGCUGUCACCAUAGCAUUUGUCACCAUAUCACGAGUUCUUACAUUCUUUCAUGGGAAGUGUUUCAAAGCAGCAAAGAAAAUAGUGACAGCAGGUUCAGUCCCCGAAGCAAAGAACAGUAUUCCCUCCAAUUUAGCAUCAUCCCUGGUAACGACAGGUGGCAGGCAAAGAACAGUGUUUCUUCCAGAUCUGUACUCUGAGACUCCUACGAAGAAAUCUGACUUUGGAGAUCACUGGAAGCUUGGAAUCGAGGAUGGUGCGAAGCCUCAGGUGUACAAUGAAAAGCAUGAGAAGCUGUUAUCUGCUGUGGCUGGGGUGGGAGACGGUCGUGGUGGUUCAUAG